AUGUGCAGCGUCUUUGAGUCUUUAGACAUGGACAACUUCCAAGGUGACCUAACAGACGUCGUACGAGGAAUCGGAUCAGGACACGUGUCAUCCUCCCCUGGGCCACCGGAAGGUCCAUCUCCGAGCAGUUUGUCUCCGCCGCCAACUUCAGAUCUCCACGUGGAUUUCCCCUCCGUCGCCAGCUGUCAGAUAAAUCCCUUUGGCGAUCCGUUCGUAAGCAUGACAGACCCUCUCCUCCAACUUACGGCCAACUCCGGCUACUUCUCCGGCGACGGAGAUAACGAAAGUAACAACAGUUUUGCAGUCUUUCCUAAGGUUUUUGAGGAUGAUCAUAUCAAGAGUCAAUGCAAUGUCUUCCCAAGAAUCGGGAACUCGCAAAGCAACAUCAUCCAAGAUGCCUCCACGUGUAAUUCUCCGGCCCUAGCCGUCUCCGCCGUCGCAGCAGCUUCGCCGUGGGGGAUGAUCAACGUUGAUACCACUAACAGUCCAAGAAACGGUUUAUUAGUCGACAAUAUUAACAACACGUCAUCGUCUUCACAAAUUCAGAUCUCUUCUUCUCCUCGGAAUCUUGGCAUAAAGAGGAGGAAGAGCCAGACAAAGAAAGUGGUGUGCAUACCGGCUCCAGCCGCCAUGAACAGCCGGUCCAGUGGGGAAGUUGUUCCUUCUGAUCUAUGGGCUUGGCGAAAAUACGGUCAAAAACCGAUCAAGGGAUCUCCUUAUCCCAGGGGUUACUAUAGAUGUAGCAGCUCAAAAGGUUGUUCAGCAAGGAAACAAGUGGAACGUAGCCGCACCGAUCCAAACAUGUUAAUCAUUACUUACACAUCUGAGCAUAACCAUCCUUGGCCCACUCAACGCAACGCCCUCGCAGGCUCCACUCGUUCCUCUUCCUCCUCCUCUUCAAACCCUUCUUCUAAAUCCUCUACCGCAACAGCAACAGCAAGUGCAAGUGCAACUACUUCUGCCUCGUGUAGAAUCUCCCAAAACAAAGAAGAACGCAAGAAGUGUCACGCAGACGCUGCGGUUAAGAAGGAAGACGUGGAGGAGCGUCAGGACAAUAUGGAGUUCGAUAAUAAUGACGUUGAAGCUGAUACCUAUAGACCGGAUUUUCAACAUCAGCCGGAGGAUUUCUUCGCCGAUCUCGACGAGCUUGAGGAUGAUUCUCUGACUAUGUUGCUCUCUCAAGGUUUCCCCGGAGAUAGUAGCGUUGGAACCAACCUGGAGAACAAAACGACUAAUAUUACCAACGUUUUUAGCGAUUUCUUUGACGACGACGAGUCCUCAAGGUCGUUAUAAAUAUUCUUAUAUGUAUACGUAGAAAUUAAAUUAUUCAUGUGAUUCGGUUGACAUAAGUGAUCGCCGGCGUCUGUAGCCGAUGAGGGUAAUCUCGUCAUUUA